AUGUUCAACCCAACCUACUUUGACGAGGACCCUAUGGCUGCAAUGGGCAUGUUCCAACGCGGCAUGCCACGCACCGGUGGCCCUCCAAAGCGCUUCGAUGAAUACUACCGUUGCUAUCCAGUUGCCAUGCUGCCAGGCCCAGAACGAGACAACGUCAACCACGGUGGAAAAGUGAUUAUGCCGCCCUCAGCGCUCGACAAGCUUACAAGACUACACAUUACAUACCCCAUGGAAUUCGAAGUGAUAAACGGAGCAGCGGAUACCUUGACACAUGCAGGAGUGCUGGAAUUUAUAGCAGAAGAAGGAAAAAUAUAUCUCCCAUAUUGGAUGAUGCAAACCCUCGCCCUCUCAAUCGGCGACCUCGUCCAAAUAAAAUCUACCGAACUUCCCCCAGGCAACUUCAUAAAAUUGGAACCGCAGUCCCCCAACUUUCUCGAAAUCUCCGACCCAAAAGCCGUCCUCGAAAACGCCUUCCGCAAUUUCGCCUGCAUGACCACCGGUGACAUAUUCACCUUCCACUACAACGACACUGACUUCGCGAUCAAAGUUCUCGAAACGCAGCCGUCCACGGCAGUCAAGAGCGCAAUCAGCGUCAUCGAGACGGACGUAAAGGUCGAUUUCGCUCCACCGGUGGGAUAUGAGGAGCCGAAGCGAAGUGGGACGAAUACACCAAGAGGACAGGCCGGGGGAGGACCAGGUAUGCCAGCGGGAGGAAUGCUGCAUAGUGCGGGUACGAUGGCGCAGGCGAUAAAUUACUCGUCUAUAGCCCCUGCCUCUAAUUCAGCUGCCGCGGGCGCGAAGGCUGUAUCAUCGAAUUUUCUCACGGGGGGCCAUAAGUUGAAAGGAGGGAAGGCAGGGACGCCGAAGCCGUCGACGCCGGUGGCGGGCGCGUCGAGUAAUUCCACAGUCCCACCAGCAGCAACGGGAGGAGGAGGAGAGGCAGUAAGGAUCAGGAGGACGAAUGGACCGCAGCCACUUAGAUUACCACAUGGAAAGCUGUUCUUUGGGUAUGAAGUCAAGCCUGUGAGGAAGGCGGGGGAGAAAGCGGGGAAUAUAGAGGAGGGGGAGGGUAAGAAGACGAGGUUUGAGGGUCAGGGACAGACUUUGAGGGCGAAGAAGAAGUAG